AUGAAUACCAACCCAGAAUUACCAGUCCCGAUAUCGUACAUCGCGGGUAAUUACUUUGUCUUCUCCGUUGAUGUCGCAACAUUCCUCAGACGCGAGCAUCAUAUAUGCGGUGUUCUGGCCGGAACCCUACCCCAGGUACCACAACAGAAUGUCUUCACGGGUCUGCCGCUGGAGUUGAUGCCGGAAGAAGCAAGACUCCUAGUUGAGAAAGGCGUAGCUUGCAUUGUAGACGAGGCCAGCUUCCAGAAGCAAGGAAUGCGAUCCCUCUUGGAAGGCGACCGCAAGAAGUAUCUCCAAGAUCUAGAAUCCCAAGGCCUCGAGACCAUGCAAAUGCAACUGCGCCGAAAAGAGCGGCAGAGGGACGCUUCGCUGAAGAAGAUCGAGGAAAAGAAGGCUGCCAAGGCGAAGAAGGCUGAAGCGAAGCAGGACACAAGCGACGCUCCUGCGGCUGCGGCUGCGGCUGCGGAGGAUUCAGUUGUUUCAUUCUUUGCAGACAGUGAGCCUUCUAGUCACCUUCCCUCGCGACGUUCCUCGACGCUGGGGACCGUUGAACCCAUGGGCAUCACCCCACCCGUAUCGCAUCCUCUUCUCCCCCAGCAGCCGCCUGCCGAACACCUUCUACCGCUCCCUCAAGUACAAUCCUCCUAUCCACUCUUCGCUCACUUGCACUCUAAGGGAUACUUCCUUUGCCCGGGACUCCGGUUCGGCUGCCAGUACCUUGCAUAUCCAGGCGAUCCGUUGCGGUUCCACUCCCACUUCUUGGUUGUCUCGACUGAAUGGGAUGAGCAGCUUGACUUGAUGACUGUCAUUUCUGGCGGCCGUUUGGGCACAGGUGUCAAGAAAGGAUUCCUUAUCGGCGGCGCUGACAAGAGCGCUGAGGAAUCAAGCGGUUCAGGAAGUAAUGUUAGAACGUUCAGUAUUGAGUGGGCAGGGAUGUGA